AUGGCUCCGAGUCUUCUACUGCCCAUGGAGGAUUCGCAGCUAUUCUCGCCUCAAGUGCUGAAACAGGCGCCGAGGUCAGGCCUUGAGGGUGCAGUGUCGCUGGAGGCUCAAGCGCCUGCUGGUUCCAACCUUUCUUUCACUUCUUCAUUCUCUUCUUCGUCACCUUCUGCCAAUGGCAAUGGUCACUCUGGUCAUGAGUCUGCGAAUGGCAACGGCAUCUCUGCAGGUCAACGUCGGGAACAUUUCGUUACUUCUCAAACGCUCCUAGAGCAAUCAAAGAAUUUUGCCUCCUCCAAUGCAGGCGCAAAUGGCACUACCAAGAAGCCGAACAUUCUGUACAUCAUGGCUGACCAAAUGGCUGCCCCUUUACUCAAGAUGAACAACCCUGAUUCGGUCAUCAAGACUCCGAACCUCGACAAGCUCGCUGAGACUGGUGUCGUCUUUGGUUCUGCGUACUGCAACUCGCCGCUGUGCGCUCCGUCCAGAUUUACCAUGUGCUCUGGACAGUUGCCAUCCAAAAUCGGUGGUUACGACAACGCUUCCGUCCUCAACCCUGACGUUCCUACUUACGCUCAUUACCUUCGCCGCGAGGGCUAUGAGACCGUUCUUGCAGGCAAGAUGCACUUUAUCGGCCCUGAUCAGCUUCACGGGUUUGAGCACAGGUUGACCUCCGACAUCUACCCCGGUGAUUUGGGUUGGACGGUCAACUGGGACAAACCCGAGGAGCGCCAAGAGUGGUAUCACAAUAUGUCUUCGGUCAUGCAGGCCGGUCCAUGUGUCAGAUCUAACCAGUUGGAUUAUGAUGAGGACGUGAUGUACAAGUCUACUCAAUACCUUUACGAUUGGGCUCGUGAAGAUCCUAACACUCGCCGUCCAUUUGCCCUGACGGUGUCUCUCACACAUCCCCAUGACCCUUACACCAUGACUCGAGAUUACUGGGACCGAUACGAAGGCGUCGACAUUCCUCUACCAAAGGUUCGCAUGGAUCGUGAAGAUCAAGAUCCUCAUUCACAGCGCUUGAUGAAGACAGUGGAUCUCUGGGACAAUCCGAUCCCAGAGGAAGCCGCGAUCCGCGCUCGACGAGCGUACUUUGGUGCGUGUUCGUUUGUCGAUGAUCAAAUCGGAAAGCUUGUCCAAAUUCUGAAGAACUGCCACCUGGAUGAGAACACUAUUAUCGUGUUCUCGGGAGACCAUGGUGAUAUGCUCGGAGAGCGCAAUCUUUGGUACAAGAUGUCCUGGUUCGAGAACAGCGCUCGAGUGCCAAUGAUCAUUAACUACCCGUCCCAGUUCGAACCCAAGCGGGUCACUGAAUCGGUGUCGACUAUGGAUCUGCUCCCUACGUUCGUGGAUCUAGCAGGUGGCGAUGCUUCCGCUGUGCUGCCUGUGGACGGGAAAAGUCUGUACAACUACCUCGUUUCGGACGAGCCUGGGAAAGACGAAGUCUUUGGCGAAUAUAUGGGCGAAGGCACUGUUACGCCGGUCUACAUGAUUCGACGUGGCCCUUGGAAGUACACCACAUCCCUUGUUGACCCUCCCCAACUCUUCAACCUAGUAGAAGAUCCUCAAGAGCUGGUCAACCUGGCUACCUCAUCGAAGCACGCGCAGACGUUUGCAGCAUUCAACACUGAAGCGAGGAAGAAGUGGGAUUUCGCUGCAAUUCAUCAGGAUGUGCUCGCCGCCCAACGCAGGCGCCGACUCUGCUGGAGCGCAUUGCAAAUUGGCCGGAAGGAGACGUGGGACUACCAGCCUCCUGGCGUGGAGAAGGACCGGUACAUCCGUUCUCACAUUCCCCUCGAUGACCUUGAGCGCCGUGCGCGGUUCCCUGUCGUCGACUACCUUGGUCGCGAGAAGUCAGCAGCCGCAACUCACCACGGCAUUGCUGGUGCAGCUGGAGAGUAA